AUGGCUGAGAUCACCCACGAGGUUGUGAUCGUGCCAGGAGAUGAGGCUUCUGAACACGAUGUGUCGGAUCUCGAGAGCAUCGCGUCCUCGAGCACAAGCAUCACCGCAUCUAUCCUCGACUACCGCAUCGAGAAUGGCAGAACCUAUCAUCGAUACAAGGACGGCAAAUACAUCUUUCCCAACGACGCAAGAGAGAGUGACAGAUUAGAUCAACAACAUGAGAUCUUCAUCUACACUCUCGAUGGCAAACUCGGCCUCGCCCCUCCCUGCAAGCCGGACUCUAAAGUGGGCCGCGUUCUCGAUGUCGGGACUGGGACCGGGGUCUGGGCCGUUGAUUUCGGAGACUUGCAUCCCGAAUCUGAGAUUCUGGGCAUCGAUCUCUCUGCUCCUCAGCAGGAAUUUGUGCCUCCCAAUGUGAGGUUCGAGAUAGACGAUAUCGAAGAAGAGUGGACGUACUCGGAACCAUUCAACUACAUCCACAGCCGCUUUAUGAACGCCAGCGUUGCAAAUUGGAAAGAAUACCUCAAAAAAUGCUACGACAACAUUGCACCAGGCGGGUACCUUGAACUUCUCGAAAAUCAAGUCGACCCCGUAUCUGACGACAAUACCCUUCCGAAAGACUCUUCGAUACACGAGUACGUCAACCUCAUCCGUUCUGGGUCCGAAAAGAUGGGCCGUGUGUUCGUCGACGUAUCUACCCUUAAAAGUCUUGUUGUUGAGGCUGGAUUUGUCGACGUCGAGCUACGGAUUUUCAAGUGGCCUAUGAACAGCUGGCCCGAAGAUGAAAAAUACAAAAAACUCGGCCUCUGGUGCUACGAGAACUUCUCCAGCAAUCUCGAAGCCGUGUGUAUGGCGCUUCUCACCCGUGUCCACUGCUGGACCCGCGACGAAGUCAAUGUGUUUCUCGUCGAUGUCCGCAAAGAUUUGAAGAAUAGAAGCUAUCACGCCUACUUUCCCAUCUACUCAGUUAUUGGCCGUAAGGCCGAGAAGGAAGAGGCCGCAACUUCUGCUUAG